CACUUUCAAACGUUCGUGGGUACGACCCGGAGCCCCCUGACGCCUAAAGUAGGUUCUUUCUUCUUCGAGUCGCUCGCGGAAGAAUUUUAAAUCGUGUCCUAGACUAAACGUUGCAUUAGAACAAUUUUUUUUCGAGUGCUCGCAUUUUUAGUCGAGGUGUAAGGUGUGCUAACUCCGGUGGUGAUAAUGUGUGGUGGAUGAAGAGCGCGAGAGUACCUACUGUGAUCUAGUUGUGGAAUAGAACUUUAUGUACCAGGAUGAGGCUUAAUAUAGGACUUAAAUUAACAAUAUGGUUAGCAAAUCUCGUUGUUUACUGUAGCUCAGUAUGUUCGCCACACUAUGGUGCAGAACCAUGUAUAUACGAUUACACACCGGCACCUCCUGGAAAGACUCCUCCGUGUGCACGACCGGGCCUGACAUACUGUGAAUAUCCGGAACAAUACCCUGGACAGCUCAUCCACUUCCUAGUCAAACAUUGGAAAUACGACCACCAGAGUCUAUUUUCUUCAGAAUCGAAAGACGAUUUCGAUUCAUAUUACUAUCCCACAACGAGCCCUGUUUAUGGACCACCUAACUACCGACCUCCCUAUACUGGUCGUCAUAGUAUCGGAUACCCCGAACCAAUUUACAUACCAAAGCCCCAAAUUCCAUUUCAGGAAAAUGGAUACAUUCCCCCUUCCUAUCAUCAUCGCCCAAACUAUACGAAUUACGACACCAGCGGUGGAUAUCAUUAUGGUCCACCCAGCAAGGCCAAUAUAUACUACCAACCCUACCAACAGACUCUGGAACAUCAUCCCCAGUAUGGGCAGUACAAUAGCCUUUGGAAAAGGGCUCUCGACCAAAACUACCGACGGUACAAGAGAUCGUUAAGGAAGAAGAGGAUGCUACCGUUCAUUCCAGUGGAAAAAUUUGCGAACGGCACUCUCCAUCGGAGUAAAAGGCAAGAUCCUGGUAAAACGGUUCUGUGUCGAACUCGAGUAGACUAUAUAACCCCGAGAGCUGCACUUAAUAAUCAAGGAAACUGGAGGUAUAUCGUAAAUAUGCCAGAAGUGAAUCAACGAGUGACUCAACUAGUCAAGUCUGAGAAGUGUGCUUCAACUACUUGUGAUGGAAUAUGCCAGCUACCAGAUAACUUCGUUUCCAAAUGCGAACAGAAAUAUGUUCAAAAGAGAUUAGUCGCAUUAGGCGCAGGAGAAGGAUCAGGAGAACUUUACACAGAUCUCUUUUGGUUUCCCAGUUGUUGUUUGUGCACGAUACAGAGGGUUGACAACUAAACAAUCGUUACUAUUUUAAAGCACUGUUAGAUUCUUCUUAUUUCAGCACCCUGUCCGAUUAUCGAACGUUGGCGACCAUACUGGCAAUAAUAACUUUGUUUGCGGCAGCUCUAAACAGAUUAGCGGUGGUCUCUUCUUCGACCUGGGCCUCUUCUUCCCUCUAAGAGGCGGCAACAACUAAGUGUUAGAGUCAUUCUCAAAAAGGACGAUUGGUUUCUGGCAAUAGAUCCAAAAUUAGAUGAGGAGAAGCCAAGGAGGGGGAGUUGGCAUCUUGCUAAGAUAGAUUUCGGAGACUUUAAGAUUUAAUCCGUUUAUCUUUAAUGUUUUUGUGUGUAAACUUAACGAUUGUAUUUUACAAAGUGUAUUAUAGUAGGUAUAUACCUGAAAUUCCCUAUUAGAUUAAAUUUUCAUUGUAAACAAAACGACCAAAGGAAAUUUCAAAAUUUUGUACAGCUUAAUUAAUUUAUUUUUUUACGUUAUAUUUUAAAUAUAUAGUUAAGGGCGCAGACGCAAAAUUUCGCGUCAAUGUGUUUUAAUUGCAUUCAUUUUUCUCGAAUUCUGAGAAAGUAUUUUUGAAAAAUUUAAACGCAGAUUGAAAGAUUACAUUAUUAUCGAGGGCCGAAAGUUCCUUAAAAUAACCAAAAAGUUUCUUUUGAAUGAGAUAUUUGAAAUUAAAAAUCACACUAAAUUUUCUCUUUUUUUCACCCCUGUAACUUAUUCAAAUAAACAUUAUAAAAGUUUUCAGGGACUUUCGGCACUCUAUAAUAAUGUAAUCUCUCAUUUUGCGUCUAAACUUUUCAAAAAUACUUAGUUUUCUGAGGAUUAAAAAAAAAUGGCAUUUAAAACACAUUGGCGCGAAAUUUUGCGUCUGCGUCUUUAAAUGCUUUUAUUUAAUAAAUAAGGUAGUUAAUAUUAAGAACCAUAAUUGUAGAGAAUAAGAGAAUUUUGUACGUUUUUAAUGAAAACCAAUAAACUUUUUCGAAUA